AUGGAAAGGAUCCGGCGUGAUUUUUAUUGGACAGGCUGGAAACAAACAGUUAAAGAUUUCAUCGCCAAUUGCCAGGUUUGUCAGAAAAACAAAUGGGAGACUCUCCAACCAGCUGGAUUAAUGCAACCACUGACAGUACCAACUAGAAUUUGGGCUGACAUUUCGAUGGAUUUUGUUGAAGCCUUGCCAAAAGUCUCAGGAAAAACAGUUAUUCUUGUCGUGGUUGACAGAUUCUCCAAGUAUGCUCAUUUUAUUCCCUUAAGUCAUCCAUAUACUGCAGUUUCAGUUGCUCAGGCAUUCUUCCAAGAUAUUGUUCGAUUGCAUGGCAUUCCAGAAACAAUUGUUUCUGAUCGCGACAAGGUGUUUCGUAGUUUAUUUUGGCGAGAAUUAUUCAGGCUGCUCGGUACUAACUUGUGUUUCACUACAGCAUAUAGACCUCAGUCUGAUGGGCAAACAGAAGUUGUUAACAGAACUCUUGAGAUGUAUCUACGAUGUGUUACAGGGGAUGCACCGCGUAAAUGGCUCACAUGGCUUCCAUGGGUGGAAUAUUGUUAUAACACAUCCUUUCACACAAGUCUCAAGACAACACCAUUUCGACUUGUUUAUGGCAGAGACCCACCUCGUCUUCUUGAUUAUACGGCAGGGAGUUCUCAGUUGGAUGAAGUUGAUGUGGCUUUGGAACAACGGGAUGAGUUCCUAGAGAUGGCAAGAGAAAGGUUACUUGAAGCUCAACAACGAAUGAAAGCUGUUUAUGACAACCAUCAUCGUGCACUUGAGUUCAACAAAGGCGAUUUGGUUUGGUUAAAGAUUCAGCCAUACAGACAGUUAACUAUCGCUCGAAAAGCCUUCACCAAACUCUCUCCGAAAUUUUAUGGACCAUUUGAAGUACUAGCUCGAAUUGGCACAGUUUCAUAUCGGUUGCAGCUUCCUGAAGGGUCUAGGAUUCAUGACGUUUUUCAUGUCUCCCUGCUCAAACCACAUAGAGGUGAACCACCAACAAGCUGUCCUGUUUUACCACCAGUUUUGCAGGGACGUGUGGUACCAGCUAAACCAGUCAAGCUUCUGCGUGCUAGACUACAAGGGAAGACAAGACAAGUCCUAGCUCAAUGGACAGAUGCCGUGGACACAUGUACUUGGGAGGAUGCAGAGAAGCUGAUCGAGGCAUAUCCGGAAUUGGAGCUUGAGGACAAGCUCCUAGUCGAGGAGGGGAGUAAUGAUACACGCUAUGAGCUCGUUCACGGGAACAGGCUCAUAUCAAUUUCCAGUACGUGUAGUUUCCAUCAUCAAGUAUCACCUUCAGCUCUGGGUGAUAGCCCUCCAUUCCGCAAGAUCUCACCUGCUAUAGCAAUACACGCAAGCCGCUUACAAGCAGCCAAGGUCCUCUAUUUAUCCUCAAUAGACGAACCGCCAAACCCUACAAGGUUGUGUCUUGGUGAUUACUCCAAAUCUCCAAAGGAAUAUUUCCUUUCCUUAUUUUUCUCUAAGAAUAGGAAAUAUCCCUUUUGUCUUGAUAACUCCAAAUCUCCUCAUCCAGCUCAGCUACCGCCUCUUCUGGAUUCGUCCUUAACCGCUACAAGCUCGCAUCCAGCUCAGCAUCAAUCCUUAGCUCCGUUAAGCUCCGCUUAG